AUGAACUGCACCGGACGUAUUAGUUUUGCCGCCACUUUCUGGUUUUUAACGCAUUUGGUUUUUGUUCAAGCAUAUACCACUUUCACUCCCGGGGCAAUUUCGCACCAUGGAACUCCUAUGGAAAUUGAGUAUUGGGAUUUUAAAAGAAAACCUAUCGAUCAGAUGGUAGACAUUACUAAUGAACUUGGUAUAAAAGUACUGGCGGAACAUAAUUAUUUAAAUUCAAAUAACAUAGCAUUUUCUCCAUACGGUUUAAUGGGAAUCCUAGUGGCUUUAUACGAGGGAGUAGAUGGUGAAUCUUCGUAUCAAAUCCAACGUAGUGUGCCAUUACCUAGGGAUCGAAGAAUUAUAAGGAUAGGUUUCAGAGAUAUACACCGCUCACUAAAGACAUAUUUUGUUCCUGAAGAAGGAUUUUUGGCAGGAUUGGCUUUAAAUAAUGAAAAUGUAACAUUUACGGAAAGUUACAAAAAUACUUUACGUUUUUAUAGUUUUGAGUUACAAAACGAGCCCAACACUACAAGUAGUGAAAGCACGAAUAUGACAUCUCCAAUGGCAGACACUACAUUUACAACAACAGCAGCAACGCAUACUGAUACUACCACAAUGCAAUCUACUACGAGAAUAAAAGAAGAAAGUACUACAGAUCACGUUACUGAAUCAUUGGGUAACACAACUGCAGCUACCAUGGAAUCAACAACAAAUGUAGAAAUAGUCACACAAACUGAAUAUACUACAAGUCAGGGUUCGAGUCCAACAUUUACUACUGAAACUAUUACAACACAAACGGAAUCUCUUAUUACAACUGAACUGUUAACCACUCGUGAUUUAACUACUACCGAGAUCGUAUCAUCACCAAUUUCAACGGGAAGUACCUCAACACCAACUACGACUGAAAUUGAAUCAUCUUCAACUAUGACGCAAACCACAUCAUUACUAACUACAACCGAAGGCACAUCACUACAAACUACGAUGGGAAUAGAAUCUUCACCGACAACUGAAACAAUGUCAUCACCAACAGCAUUUGCAAAUAAAGAGGAUGAGGCAAUAUCUCCUCAAACGAUGCCUUUGAUAUCUGAACAGGCUAACAAUAACAGUGCAACAUCUGGAAAUGAUUCCACGCUAGAGACUCUGCAACGUAGGAAAAAAUCAUUGUUAGAUUUUAUAUUCACCAAUCCACCUGACAUGGAUGUCUAUGAAGAAUACAGGUCUUUUACCAUCGGACAAGAAGGAUCUGAAAUUGAUAUGGAUACACAAUUUGUGCUUAAUGGAAACCGUAGAAUUGAGGUACCGUAUAUGUAUUAUGAUUCUGUGUUACACCAUGCCUAUUUACCACAUUUAGAGGCAUCCGCCAUUCGUCUGCCACUGGACAGCGACCGUUAUUACUUGCUAGUUGUGCUACCUCUCAGAGCAGGGUAUGGGGAAAUCGAACGACUGCUUGCGCGCAUGGCAAGGGAGUCAGACCUCUCCGACGUUUACGGAGCUUUAAGACCUCGGCGUGUCAGAGCGAAAGUACCUAGCUUUGUUGUGAAGGGUCACGUUAUUUUAACAACCGAUCUACAAAAACUCGGAAUUCGCGACGUCUUCGAGCCUCGUCAAGGGGAUUUUACUCCUAUGACUUCUCAGACUGGGGUUUACGUGCGAAGCAUUGAACAAGCUGUCUCCGUCUCAAUGAGGAAAUAUCAACCAGAUGAAUCGAAGAAAAACUUAUCAAAACGACGCCGACCCAUUACAUUCACAGCCACCUACCCCUUUCUGUACUUCGUCAUGGACUCAACCAUACAUGUAUCUCUGAUGGCUGGCAAAUUGGUUGACCCAUUGAAUUCAAGAAUAUUAUAGAAAUACAAAAUUAUACACAACUUUUAUGAGACAAAACCUGUAAAGAUUUUCAGAUAAUUGACAUAAAUAUUUCUGAAUACA